AUGGGGGUGCGACCGGUCUUGGGGGUGUUGCCGGUGGAGGUGGUGGCGCUGGUGGCGGUUGUUUCCGUUCUUGGGGCAUGGCUGCCGGGCGUGGCAGGGGUGAACAAGGUGGAUAUCGCGGGCAACGCCCUAAACAUUGCCGAUCGGAAUGCGAGCUGCGCAGAAACCGAGGUCGAUGCCAUCACUUGCAUUGGAUCAAGAUACAGACGCACAGCCUCGAUGACCGUCACCCUGAGGGGCUCUCCAUCUUUUGACAUGACGAACCUGGACGCCCCUCUUUGGUGGACCCUCGACCUAUCCACCACGACCAACAUUUCGAGCCUUCAGAUCAUGGCCAAUGGUCAGGCGCAGACACAUAUGAAGAUCCAAGACUCUGUUUGGAACCCGGACAACCGACCCGAACUCGUGCACAGGGUCUCAAUCUUCAACUCGCGAAGCAUCAUUGGCGGUCCCCUCAAUCUCAGCUCAAGCCUCAAUUCCGAAGUAUUGGACUUGACAAUCAUGAUCGCCUUUGACAUCAACCCCUCCUAUCAAAAGUCCAGCGUCACCAUUUACGGCAUGCGAGUGGACCAAUUUUGCAGCUUUCAAAAUGCAAACGACAACAGAUGGUCAUACCAGCCAAUCGCAGGUGUGGUCGAUGCUUGCAUGGCGUGUCCCAGCGGCCAUACCGAUGCGAGCCGCACCGUCUGCUAUCCUUGCGUCGAAGGCGAGUACUCGCUCACAGGCAGCCCGGCCCAAUGUACAAGCUGUACCACUUGCGAUGCUUGGAGCGGCGUCUACACGCCCUGUACACCGACCACCGACACCGUCUGCAAACCUCUCUUUUGGCACGGCGAAGAGCCCAUACGGGAUGUCCUCGUCGACUGGGUUGUACGCGCGCCGGUCGAUAGCGCAGACUUGACACUAUCAACUUGGGUUGACGGUGUAGACUUUGAGCACGUGGGCCAAGUCAUCCGAGGUUUGCGCCAUUGUUACGACAGCAGCACUUGUGACAUCGACACCAUCGUCGCAACCUACAACCACAACGACUACGACGACCACAACGACCACAACAACCACAACUACCACAACUACCACGACGACGACGACGACUACUACCACCACCACAACCCGCACAGCCACAAGAGUGGCUGCUACUACCCCAGUCCUCAGCACAAGCGCGACAACCAUAGGCGGAUCGCUGUCACCACAACAGAGCCAAUCCGCGUGCGAGAAUGGGGGCACCAAUAUCUAUCAGAUCUUGUUCUUCAUCGCCCUGGUGGUGGCUACGAUUGA